AUGUCCUGGAGAGCUCUAUUAUCACAUAAUUUACAAGAAAUUAGAAUUCACUUUUGCCAACAAGCUCAAAGCAGUGAAGGCCUAAGAAAUUUCAUUACAAAGAACUAUACCGAUUUAAAGAGAUUAAAUCCAAAGCUUCCAUUGAUGGUCCGUGAAGCUCAUGGAAUUGAACCUGUAAUUUAUGCCAGAUACGAUUGGGGACAAGAGGAAAAAAAGGUUGUUACUAAUUUAUCGGAACAAGAAGUCGAAGAAAAGUUAAAGGAACUCUGUUUAAUGGGUACCAAGUUGGAUAGAUCACCAGAAAGUGACCUCAACGAAGAUGAUGUUGUUUCAUCUUAUAAUAGACCAAAAAAUACCUAUAGAACUAUCUUUUAA